AUGGCGGAGCUAGACGACACCGUCAUGGUAGUUCUCGGACCAAACUCAAUGCCUUUUGUUGUGACGUCCAACAACAGCAGCAUCGACUCCGCUACAAGGAAGCUCAUUCGCAGUCAUGUCAUGCGAGGACGAAACCAGGGCAGAACUCGACCUAAACGGAAUGUUUUAGUACAGGGCUACGAUAUGGCCGCUGGUAGCGUGCAGGCACCAUCGGUCAACUUUGAUGAUAUCACGCGCAUAUAUAUGCCGCCAACGAGGCAUAUUGGUCCAGACCUCUCGUUCUUGGCGUCUCCAGCAGACCUCGAUCCAUCCAUUCUUUCAAACAUUAUCAAAGUCUCGCCUAUAGCGCAGAAGGUCAUGUAUCCGCUCUUGACGGCGGUAGGCAAGCCAGUGGACAAUCGACAAUGGAUCCGAUUAUGCAUGGUAGACGCUGCUGCCCUGCAUGUUACUGCGUUCUCCGUAGAAAGCUUCGUCGACAUCUUUCUUCAUCGACGAAAGCAGCCCAACCCCGCGGCCAUGGUCCACUUCCAAAAGGGCCUUACACUACUCAGUGAGAGACUCGCAGGUGGCGAUGAGGAGCUGAAAGCCACCGAUACAAGCAUUGGCGUGGUCCUGAAACUGGCCACUGCUGCACACUUUGUUGGGGAUCUCCAAGUGGAGAGGCAGCACAUGAUCGGAGUACGGAAGAUGGUCGAAUCUCGAGGCGGAUUAGAUGCGUUCAGAUUUAAUCCUCUCUUGUUUGAGAUGCUUAGGUGCGACCUUGUUCUUUCGGUACCCAGUACCUCGAUACCAGUCUUCUUCCGCCAACCGCUCGAGCCGAUACCCCCCUACCCAGUGAGUCUUUUGCCGAAGUUCAACGGCACAGCACAGACGCAAGACACCCUGGAGGUUGCCAAAAUGAUCGAUGCAAGCCUAGCUGAAGCUUGGUCGAUCAUGAGGAGAUUCAGCUUGCUAGUCAAUCUGGGUACCCAAACUCAACGGCUCAUCUCGACGAAAGUCAUCAACGAGACGAUGACAUCCGUGGUGUAUCGCUUGCUCGACAUACGAUAUCCAUCAGGCUCAUUAAAUGAGGGUGUGCGCCUCAUCUUAUUGACCUAUUGUUUUCAUGUCUUUCUCCAGUGGCGGGACGUCAAGUUGCCAUGUCCCCACCUACAGAAUAGUUUCCAAGAAAUGACUCUGGCGUUGCAGCACAGUGGCAAGGUAUCCGCUCGCUUUAUGCUAUGGGUUUUGAUGGUAGGAGCUGUUUCGAUCUUCGAUUCGCAGAACGAAGGAUGGUUGAGCUCUAUGCUGCGUCACCACGUUCGGAGCCAGCAGAUAUCUUGGACAGAGGUGCAAGACGUAUUGAAGUCCUUUCUGUGGAUUCCAUUGCUGGAUGAAGAGCCAGCAAAGUUGAUCUGGGAUAGCCUCAACUGA